UUAGACUUGUCAAAACACACGCUUAUGUGAUUUAAUUUUCUAUGUAAUUUAUUUUUGAGUGCACUUAUUUUAGAUAUUAUUUAUUUUGUUACGAUGCCUCACCAAAAAGAGCGAUUUGAACCUAUGCUUUUUAACUAUGAAACAACGAAUAGAACGGAUUUAAAGGAUGGCGAAAUAAAACCUAUUAUCAGGACUAAAUAUAAGUCAAAGCCGGUGUGCGUGGGAAUACGGCCCCCACCUCUGAAAUAUAUUCAUACGUUCACGAAUUGGAAGAAGCCGUCUGUGCCAAUUGAUUUGUAUCUGAAGCCUAAAGAGAUAGUACGUACAAACCCCCACCAUAUCCAGGAGAAAUAUGAGUGUCUUCCAGAUUUGGAGAAAGAUCAAGUUCGAAAGACGCGGCCACGGCUAGUUAUGACGCCUGCCAUCAGCUUAGACGAUAUAGACGACGACGGAGUUCGCAACAUGCUUCUCAACGAGGUUUACGAUACUACAGCGAAGAGAUCAAUGCGUCAAGGUGUUGAGCUCCACUCUGGAGGGCUGGACGCACCCCGACCGAAAAUACCAGCACCGCCUGAUCCGAUUUCGAUUCCAAAGUUCCAAGUCCCAUAUGUGUCCCCGGAAUGGCGCAUAGACUCGGUCACGUGGGACGGCAGGCAGCUGAGGACGUACACAGACCCCACCAAGGAAUUCUGGCUCGCUCGACAAUCAACGUGCGAGGAAUGUAAGCGGACGGCAGCUCGUAACGCAUAUAAAAAAAUGAAACUGCAUUGAUAUAAAACAAAUUUAUUGUCAAACGUAAACACAUUGGAUAGUACACGAUUAUUUAUUUAGUUAAUACAUACAUAUUACAUUUGGCUGCGAAAUUUACAAGUACAUGUUCGAGACUCGACGAAAUUUUUUAUCGAUAUCGAUAGUUUUACAUUUUUAAACCACAAUAAAAUCGAUUACAUAUUUAA